AUGCGUCUGGGGUGCGUUCUACUCGUGGCUUUAGCCGCGUUCAUUACGGCAUGCGACGCAGUGACGACCAGCAAUCAGGUGAAAUUGACUCCAACCACGAUCGAUAGAGGUCUCGGUGAUCGGAGGCUUCUGCGAAGCAACGGGGCCAACAUUGAUGCCGCAGAUGACGAGGACGAGGAAAGAGCGUGGCUUAUCGACAUGGUCAGGAACUUUCUUGCAAGGAACGACUUUGAUAUGACCAAGCUGUCCAAGAUGAUGGACAACGAAGCGUACAAACUAAAAAUGUUCAAGAAAUGGGACUCGCACAAGCAGAGCAUCGCCAACAUUCGAGAAAACAUGAACCUGCGCAACAACCCGCACUUCGACAAGUUGUUGCUCGACUACCUCAACAAGUACCAGCGCAAGGCGACCAAAGUGGAAAAGGUGAAACGUGGUAACAAGGUGCGCCCUGCUGGAAAUCGCGUGACCAUCAACGAUGUUCCGUCGGUUCGUGAGUUUUAA